GUGUCUCGCAGAAUGUGUUCAUUCUCCCCUCUCCUUGCCCGCCCGCCGGUAGCCACGAGGUUUGGAACGGAAAAGCUCACCCUAACCCUAAUUCGAGUGAGUGCACUUUCUGCUGCUGGCGGCGGCGCUGGUGUAAUUGCUGGUUGCUGUGGUGUUGGGCUCCGGCAGCAGCUAUCGCCAACAACACCAGGUGCAGGGAGGAUCUCUUACUCAAGGCCCUACUCUCCCAUUAACUGCCUCCGUAGCAAGCGUUCACCCUCUGCUGAGCGAAACUGCAGAGGCGGCGGCUGCCCCCCGACCGGCCUUCUUCACCACUGUCAUCGUCGUCGUCUUCCAUCGCUAUCGCCAUUGCCAUCGCCAUCAUCUCUGUUGAUAAGCUCCGUGACUACAUUUCUCAUUUACCCCUCUCCACUACCCCCUCUUCCCUAUCGUCGUGGUCCUCUCGCUCGCCUUGGCCUUCCUCCCUCUCCUUCUCCUCCUCGACCCUGUUGUCAUCGUCAAGAUAGAAAGGUAGCGGCGGCGGAGAGCUUCGUGCCAGUUGUGACAGCCAUGGAAUCUGCCGGCGCUGAUGUUCAGACCUCUCAAGCUAUGGAAGUUUCGAUGACAGUACCUCCUAAGGUGGAUGUGGAGGUGGAGGUGGAGGGGGAGGUGGUUGCCUCCGUUGUGUCCGACUCUGCUCCUCGUCAGCCGCACGGUAAAGUCCAGAAGAUUGAGUCCAAGGAUGCGGAGGGCAAGGCGGUCGAGAUCCCGUCAGCAGCUUCAGACGCUCUUCAUCUCGGCCCCCAGAUCAAUGGUGGUGCUUGUGGGGGCAAUAUUGCAAUUGCCAAGGAGGUUGGAGUCGCCAGUGCAUCAGCUCUGAGAGUCAAGAAGCUCUCCGAGCACGCCAUUCUCCCAUCCAGAGGGACCACCCACUCGGCGGGUUAUGAUCUGGCCAGCGCUUACGACUGCGUCGUGCCGGCUCGAGGCACGUGCCUGGUCAAGACCGACCUCUCGAUUGCGAUCCCGUUAGGCACUUAUGCCCGCAUUGCGCCGCGAUCGGGACUGGCCUUGAAGAAGUCCAUCGACGUGGGAGGAGGAGUCGUCGACUACGAUUACCGGGGUCCGGUCGGUGUCAUUCUGUUCAAUCACUCCGAUGAAGACUUGGCAAUCCAAGCUGGCGAUAGAGUGGCUCAGCUCAUCUUAGAGAGGAUCGUCACUCCGGAUGUCGUGGAGGUUGAGGACCUGGACGAAACGGAACGAGGAGAUGGUGGAUUUGGCUCCACUGGUCUGGCCACGACAUCCUAAAGGGGAGUAAUCAAGGGCAAAAAACUCACAUUAGGAUUUUUUUGACGUGCUUAUGGACGUAAUUGCGGUCAGAUGCAUCCAGAUUCGGCUGUAAAUGUUGUGGUGUCACUCCGGAAGUGGUGGAGGUUGAGAUCCUGGACGUAAUUGCGGUCAGAUGCAUGAGGUUGAGAACCUGGACGAAACGGAUCGAGGCAGAUGGUGGAUUUGGCUGUCGAUUGGUCCGUGGCCACGACAUCCUAGAGGGGUGUAACCGAGGGCAAAAAACUCACAUUAGGAUCUUUUUGACGUACUUAUAUAGACGUAAUUGCGGUCAGAUGCAUCCAGGUUCGGCUGUAAAUGCGUCGAGGUACAUUUAAGAUAGAGAUAGUGUGAGUGUACGCCCGGAAAUGUGUGUGUGUGUUCCCGUGCUUGAUGCGGGUUAGUUUUGGGCCGAAGGGUUUUCGUUGAUGCGGCGACGAUGAGGGUUGAUUUAUGUCUUUCAAUCGGUUAAUGAAUGAAUUAAGGCCUG